AUGGAUAUUGAGCAACCCAUGUUGAAAGACACUCGUCGUGACCCAACGACGGAUCUACUCCAUGUCAAGGCCAUGAAUAUGACAAAAGCAUGCAGUCUUGAGGUUUCAAAAUCGUUUAGGAUGCUCGAAAAUGAUGUGCCGAAUGGCCCUCCCCAAGGAAAACUAGCAUGGUUGAGGUCUCAAGUGAUCGGCAGUGAUGUGGAGUUUGACACUCCUUUUGGAAAGCGUCGGCUUACCUAUGCCGACUACACUGCCUCUGGCCGAUGUCUUCAGUUCAUUGAGAAGUACAUCAUUGAGAAGGUUCUUCCAUUCUAUGGGAAUACGCAUACAAGUGACAGUUAUGUGGGGGAUCAAACUACAACAAUGGUGCAUGCGGCAAGUAAGUAUGUCAAGUCUUGCUUAGGGGGCAAAGAAGAAGAUGCACUACUGUUUGUUGGCUCAGGCACAACCGCAGCCAUUAAACGGCUUCAAGAGGUUAUGGGAAUUGCUGUUGCAUCAACUAUGAAGAACAGGGUUUUGAAUAGCCUUAGGAGUGAAGAAAGAUGGGUUGUUUUUGUUGGGCCUUAUGAACACCAUUCGAACCUCCUCUCGUGGCGCCAAAGCUUAGCAGAAGUUGUAGAGAUCGGUCUAGAUGAAAAUGGCCUAAUCGAUAUUGCAGCUUUAAGACAACACCUCGAGUCAUACCAGCACACAAAUCGCCCUAUGUUGGGUUCCUUCUCAGCAUGUAGUAAUGUCACCGGAAUUUACACCGACACGCGCUCCCUUGCUUCACUUCUUCAUCGAUAUGGUGCUUUUGCAUGUUUUGAUUUUGCUGCAAGGUACAUAAAAAGUAGUUUUUUUUUUUUUUUUUUGGUGAGUUGUGAUGUUUCUGUAGGACAUAGUACAACUUUUAUUUUUUUAUUUUUUCUUUCGAAAAUACAUAGUAAGAUUGAUAAUUGCCUUGCCUUAAUUAUGUGUAGUGGUCCUUAUGUGGAGAUUGACAUGAGAUCCGGUGAGGUAGAUGGAUAUGAUGCAAUAUUCCUUAGUCCACAUAAGUUUGUCGGGGGACCAGGUACUCCCGGAAUUCUUCUAAUGAGCAAAGUCCUUUAUCAAUUAGGAUCUUCACCGCCUUCAACAUGUGGUGGAGGAACUGUUAGCUUUGUCAAUGGAUUCAAUGAAGAGGACACACUGUAUUAUGACGAUGUGGAAGAGAGAGAAGAUGCCGGAACUCCUCCAAUUAUUCAGAAAAUAAGAACAGCAAUGGCUUUCUCGUUAAAAGAAUACAUUGGUUAUGAAGUGAUCCAAAAGCAGGAGCACUAUUUCAUAGACAGAGCGCUUGACCGGCUUUUUGCAAAUCCAAACAUUUGGGUAUUAGGAAAUAAUAGUGUAAAAAGGCAAGCCAUCUUGUCCUUUCUCGUGUUCUCCACAACAAAUUCCUCAUUUCAUGACUUAAAAAACAAGGCAAGUGAUGGAGGAAUUUCCAUUUGGAGAGAGUCUGGAAACAUGAGAGAUAAACCCCUUCAUGGCCCUUUUGUUGCAAAGCUCCUCAAUGACCUUUUUGGCAUCCAGGCUCGUGGUGGGUGUGCUUGUGCUGGACCUUACGGUCACCAUCUUCUUCAUGUCGAUGAGCCUCAUUCAAUUUCCUUCAAAUCUGCCAUCCAAAAGGGUUACCACGGAGUGAAGCCCGGAUGGACACGAAUCAACUUCGCUUACCACAUGUCAGUAGAAGAGUUUGAGUUCAUUCUUGCAGCAUUGGAAUUCAUUGCCAUGUAUGGCCAAAGGUUCCUUGUGCUCUAUGACUUCGACUGGAAAACAGGCAAUUGGACAUUCAAGAAGAAGGCAUUCAAAGAGAUUCAAGCAAUCAAACAAUGCAGACAAGAAUUCAAUAAUUUGUUAAUCAAUCGAGCUUUCCAAACGGCCAAUUUUGAAGACAAUAAUGCAAUUGCUGAUAACACUACUAUUGAGAUGAUUCACAAAUAUGUGUCUUACUUGGAAACUGCAAAAAAAGUUGCUCAUUCUCUCCCCAAGUUUCCUCCUCCUAGAAAGAUUCCGAAAGAGAUUGAUCUUGAUCUAGUGCAGUUCAGAAUUUAGUCUUGUUCAUCUCCAUUUAUAUAUAUUUUUUAAUUAUUUUUUUAAUCUAAUGCAGCUUUGUUCAAACAACAUAUGCUGACAUUUACUUCCAGUUAUAUAAUGUUAUGUGGAGCUUUUGCACACUAAAGAUGAGGUAUUGUUUUUUUGUAUCAGAAAAAUAAAUGAAUAAAAAAUUGGAAUAUCUUGUUCCUUUUUUUCCCUUU